AUGGGGACCAAUGGAAGAGAUGUUACCACUCUCCGGUCAACACAUCAGACGGAAACUCGCCGGAGAAUAGUAUUGUUUCCCCUACCUUUCCAAGGUCAUAUCACUCCCAUGCUUCAGCUAGCAAGCAUUCUUCAGUUUUCAAGGGAAUGUCUGGCUGGAUUGUUGUUGGAGGAUUCCAUUGAAGACUCUGUUGCUUGCUUAAUCACAGAUGCUGCAUUCUACUUCACACAGGCUGUGGCGGAUGCCCUGAAGCUCCAUCGGUUGGUGCUGAGGACAGGCAGUCCUGUUUCUGCCCUUGUUAAUGGCGGCUUAACCAUUUUCUCAGAAAAGGGUUACUUUAACAUUAAAAAAGAAGAUCCAGAUUAUGAAGCGUCGGUGCCAGAAUAUCCAUUUAUCAAAUUCAAAGACAUCGCAAAAAUCACACCCAACCCACAUGGUUUUAGGGACCUUAUCACAAAUAUUGUUAGACAGACGACGUUAUCAUCGGGAAUUAUUUGGAAUAGCUUCAAAGAACUCGAAGAACCUAAAGUGGAAACCAUCUACCAAGAACUUCCAAUUCCAAGCUUCAUAUUAGGCCCAUUCCACAAGUACUCCUCAGCAUCCUCAAGUAGCUUGAUCGAACAAGACCGAAAUAUUCUAGGAUGGCUAGACACCCAAGCUCCCAAGUCUGUGAUAUAUGUAAGUUUUGGGAGUCUUGCACAUAUAACCAAGUCAGAGUUUGAAGAAGUGGCUAAUGGUUUGGUAAACACCGACUUACCAUUCUUGUGGGUUGUCCGACCAGGAUUGAUUGCUGAUACAGAAUGGGUCGAGUCCUUGCCUGAAAUGUUCCUAGAAAGAGUGGGUGAUAAGGGACGUAUAGUGAAAUGGUCUCCUCAACAAGACGUAUUAGCACAUCCAGCAACGGGUUGUUUCUGGACUCAUAAUGGCUGGAAUUCAACGAUGGAGAGCAUAUGUGAAGGAGUUCCUAUGAUUUGUUCCCCUUAUUUUUCCGACCAACCAAUAAAUGCAAGAUUUGUGAGCGACAUUUGGAAGAUUGGUGUUUUGUUGGAGGAUGGUUUACAGAGGGUGGGAAUUGAGAUGGCACUAAGAAGAGUAAUGAUGGAUAAAGAAGGAGAAGAAAUGCGUGAAAGAAUAAGUUGUCUCAAGGACAAGGUAAACCUCUCUCUCAAAGAAGGUGGAUCUUCGCAUAGGUCAUUAGUGUGCUUAGUUAAAUAUAUUCUAUCCUUCUAA